CCCUGAGCCCAGAUGAAUGGUAAGCUUCAAGUAAAAGGUCGCAGCGCACUUCGCUGUUAACACGCGCGCGAGAGACGCAGUUGACGUAUUCUUUUUUUAAAUUUUAAUUGUUUAAUGUGAUUAUGGAUUGUCUUUGACUGAGUUACAGAUAAAGAUUCUGAAAUGGCGGAGGAGGUGCCAACCGUCAAUCUGGAUGACACAGGAUCACAGGCUGCUUCAACUUAUGUAGCGGGAAGUAACCGUGAUUCGCUUAAUAGUUUACUUAACAAACCCAAAGACAACAAAAAUUGCCUAAAGGAUUGCACUCUAGGAACACAGUACUCUAUGACCUGCGAAGAUAUCAGAAAGGACACUAAAAAAAAUAGUUUCUGUUGUAGUACCACAUCACAAACAGUUUGGGGAGUGAUUCUGAUAUCUUUAUCAAUAUGUGGAUUCAUUUAUACACCUCAAGACUUAAUGCUGCGGGAAAAACUAAAUAUGAGACCUGGCCUGCCACCAUUUGACUGGUGGUCAGACCCACCUGAUCAGGUGAGGAUGAGAAUGUACGUCUUCAACGUGACCAACCAUGAUAGAUUUCUCUCUGGCGCUGAUGACAAAAUUAAUGUGGAGGAAAUUGGACCAAUUGUAUAUUUAGAAAAAUUACUGCAUUAUAAUAUAACUUUCAAUGAAAACGGAACUAUGACAUACACAGCCAAGCGGUUUCUUAUAUAUCUACCGGAGGAGAAUACUAUUAACCUCAACUCUACAAUAAUUGUUCCAAAUUUGGCCGUACUGGGAAUAGCAUCCCGAAUCCACAACGAUAACUUUUUGAUACGAGGUGCCUUCUCGCUGAUGGUCAGAACACACUCAGCUGAGUUAUUUGCGAAGAAAACUAUAUAUCAAUUUAUGUGGGACAAUCAGGAAUCAGUGUUGGAAACCACAAAGUUUCUAGCACACCACAUGGUGCCAACUACCAAUAUGGGCGUACUAUUUAGUAUAUAUACGGACUUUACAGACGAUGUGACUGUGAGGAUUGGACCUCAAUGGGGAAAUCACAAUUUCUUCAAGAUAGAUCGGUACGGGCAAAAAUCACAGUUAAAGGGAUAUGAUUUAAAUACCUGUCCAGAAACCUUGAUCGGGUCCACCGAGGGAGUGAUGUAUCAUCAACGUUUAUCAAAAGAUGAUGUUCUUUUGUACUUGAGGAAGUCUGUAUGCCGAGCUAUGCCUUUGAGUUUUGAUCAGGAAGUGACCAUAGACAACGUGCCCGUGUACAGAUACAAUCUGUCAGAGCAUGCGUUUGAUAGAAUAAAUGGCACAGACUGUUACGAUUCCAAACCCUCAUUACCGAAUGGAAUCAGUGAUACUUCGAAAUGCUACGAUGGUUUGCCAAUGGUAGCAUCAUAUCCACAUUUCUACACGGGACAUCCACGGAAGGACACCUAUGUAACUGGCCUUACCCCGGACAAGGAAAGGCAUAAUUCUUAUGUACUUGUUGAACCGCUAACAGGGACACCAUUCAGGGCUGUUGCGAGGAUGCAAUGCAACAUUCAAGUGCAAAACUUAUCAGCGUUCAGUGAUCCAAAUUUUCAUAAAUUCUCCAACCUCAUAAUUCCUCUUAGCUGGAUAGAAUAUAGUCAAGAAGGUCUUCCCUGGUAUAUAAAAUACUUUAUCUACUUUUUAGUAGUUAUUCUACCUCCACUUUCUACGCUACUACUGACAGGGACACUUAUUUUAGGUCUAUAUUUUGUUUUAAAACAAAUUUAUAGGAAAAAGUGUGUGCGAAGAAAAUUAGUUACCAAAGUAUUCGAAACAGAGAAAUUUCUUAAAGUAACAAACUAAUACAAUGAUCGUAAUCCAAUCCAACAGAACGAAUUUUAUCAACAAUAAUCUUUUGUACUGGUUUUUUAAUGAAAUUGUAAAUAUUUAUAGAAAAAUUGUUUUGUCUAUGUUUUUAGUAUACGUCGUCUGUGAGUCGACAACAUUUUAGUGUACACUAGUAGAAUAUAGGAAUUAAAUACUUUAAUUGAAAGAGGUUUCCUAAUCAUAUAUUUUACGGUUUUUAAGGCUAAUAAUUUUAAACAGUGGUAUUGGAAUUGUGUAAGUGUGUACCGCGUAAAGUUUUUAAGUCUUUUAGUUGUAUCGGUAUGAAAUUAAUUUAAUGAUACGUGAAGACAAAACAAUAGUUCACCCAUUGUUCAUUGUGGUCCACGAAUCUGUCCAAUUCCGAUUCUUGAGACGGUAUUCCAGAGAUGGUGCAAACCUGUCUUAAAUAUCUAAUGAAAAAUCUCUGAAGUUAUAUUUUACGUUGCUAUAAAUACUGAUUUUAGGGAAAUAGGACUAAGAGACUGAAUUUAAAUGUUUUUUGGCUAGAUUUUUAUACUUUUUUAUUUGCAGCAGUUAAGAGUUUAUACAAUAAAUUUUUGGAUCUAACUACCUUAGCACGAACAUAUAUAAAACUUAACUGUUAACAUAAUAUGAUAGUAACAUUUUGUAUGGAAAACUUGAACAGCGCCCCGUGGGUGUAUUUGGAACUAAAUGUGAGAACAAACUUAUUUAUUGUGGGGUUAUAAUUUUAUGUAUAUUGCAUAAAUGUGUGAUGGAAAAAAACUAACAAAUUUACAUCUUCUUGACUAAGGCCAAUGAUAUUAUAAUUACGUAAUAUUGUUAAGGUAACAGUUAAAAUUGUGCGUACUAUUACAUUAAAUAUGUAAUUAAUUUUAUAGACAAUGGAUACGUAGGAUGUGUCAAGAAUUGACUUUAUCAAAGUGACAUAUGAACAGAAUAGUGAGAGAACUUUAGUUUUAUUACAUGCCGUAGGUACCUCAUGAAACCUAAUUGUGAUACAAUGCGUAUUCAUUCUACAAAAAUGAUUUACAAAUUUCAUACCUGUGAUCGUUCCUAAUAUAUUGUAAGUGAUAAAUAAAUAUAUAGUGCAUC